AUGCGGUCGCAGACAAUGAACAUGGUGGGCUCGCUGAUGUACGUGUUUGGUGGGUGGGACAACCAAAAGUGCUACUCGGACGUCUAUACGACAGGCGACCAUGUGCCGGCGUGCCGUGCGCACACGUCGACGGCAGUGGACCACCGGCUGUUUGUGUUUGGCGGCGGCGAUGGGACACGCUACUUCAACGAGCUGUACGUCUUUGACACCAAGUCGUUGGUGUGGGCCAAGCCCAAGGUGGCUGGGCAGGUACCGUCGGCCCGGCGCACGCACACCUGCUUCCACCACAACGGGUAUGUGUAUCUGUUCGGCGGUGGCGACGGCCACAAGGCGCUGAACGACUUGUACCGCGUCAAGGCUGAGCCGAACGCGCAGGGCGCCUAUGAAUGGGAGAUUGUCGAGACGUCUGGCGGCAGGCCGUUCCCGCGCGGAUACCACACAACGACGCUGGUGGGCAGCCAGGUAGUUGUGUUUGGCGGGUCUGACGGCCAGGAAUGCUUUGGCGACACAUCGCUGCUGGAUCUGACCACAAUGCAGUGGUCACAUAUUGCUAUUGACCCGCCGCUGACCCGCCUGGCCCACACAGCCACGCUGGUUGGCAUGUACUUGUUUGUGGUGUGCGGCCACGAUGGCUCAGAGUAUGCCAACCAGGUGCUGAUGCUGCAGCUCGACACGCUGAGGUGGGAGACCCGCGUUAUAUAUGGCGUUGCGCCGCAGCCCCGCGGGUAUCACGCCUGCGCCCUGGACGACGGCAGGCUGUUCUUGCAUGGCGGAUAUAAUGGCCAGGAGGUCUUUGAUGACCUGUAUACGCUUGAGCUCAGCUCGUACGCGUAUCUGCCGCAGGUGCCAGAGUUCACCAUCGGGUGCCACCGUGAAGCCAGCUAG